UACAAUCUAGUCAAAAAUAUGAAAAUGUUUGCCGGUGUUUUAGUGCUUGUACUGACGGUGGGCGUAUCUGCCGCACCACAAGGCUCGGAAACUACCCCGAUUCCUAUAGUGUCGGAAUCGGCCAGUAUCUCCCCGGACGGUGCAUUUGCCUACGCUUACGAAACGGGUAACGGUAUCAAGGUUGAUGAUCAGGGAGAAAUCAAGGUAAUACAGGUUCCAAAGGAGGAUGGUACGGGAACGGAACAGGCAGCGGUUUCCGUGCAGCAUGGCAGCUAUUCGUACAAGGCCCCCGACGGUACUCCGAUCAGUGUCCAGUGGACGGCCGACGAGAAUGGAUUCAAGGCCCAGGGAGAUCAUCUGCCGGUGGCACCCAGUGCUAGUUCGUGAGCUGUUUGAAUUGUGAGAUGGCGUUUUCGUGGUGUGAAUGAGGUUCGAAAUUGGAGA